GCGCGUGUCCGGGGGCGCGCGCGCAUGCGCAGGGCCACCCAAGCCGCCAACUGAAGGGGCCAACAUGGAGAGAAAAGUUCUGGCACUUCAGGCGAGGAAAAAAAGGGCCAAAGCCAAGAAGUCGACCAAGAAGCCAGCACAUCCUCCACGCGGGGCAUCACAACAACAGCAGCAGCCUCCUACAGAGACCCAGAUACAAGCUGAGCCCGAAGAGGAAAUCCUAGGCUCUGAUGAUGAAGAGCAAGAAGAUCCCAAUGACUAUUGCAAAGGAGGCUAUCACCAUGUGAAAAUAGGGGACCUAUUCAAUGGUAAAUACCAUGUGAUCCGGAAGCUGGGGUGGGGACAUUUCUCCACUGUGUGGCUGGCCUGGGACAUCCAAGGGAAGCGGUUUGUUGCAAUGAAGGUGGUUAAGAGUGCAGAGCAUUACACUGAAACAGCUCUGGAUGAAAUAAAGCUACUCAGAUCUGUCAGAAAUACAGACCCUGAUGAUCCAAACAGAGAGAUGGUUGUGCAGCUACUGGAUGACUUCAAGAUCUCAGGGGUCAAUGGGACUCAUGUCUGCAUGGUGUUUGAAGUUCUAGGGCACCACUUGCUUAAAUGGAUUAUCAAGUCCAACUAUCAAGGCUUACCUCUGCCUUGUGUCAAGAGUAUCAUUCGACAGGUUCUUCAAGGUCUGGAUUACUUGCACACCAAGUGUCAAAUCAUCCACACAGACAUAAAGCCAGAGAACAUUCUCAUGAGUGUGGAUGAGGUAUAUAUCCGGCGGUUGGCUGCAGAGGCCACUGAGUGGCAGAAAGCAGGCGCUCCCCCUCCAUCUGGGUCAGCAGUGAGCACUGCCCCAGCACCUAAACAGGCACCGAAAAUGUCGAAAAACAAGAAAAAGAAGCUAAAGAAGAAGCAGAAGCGUCAAGCAGAGCUCCUGGAGAAGUGCAUUAUGGACUUGGAGGAGAUGGAGAUUGGGCCUGAAGGCAGAGAGGAGGAUGGGGAGGAGGAUGACCCAGAAUCCCCCAAAUCCCCCACCUACGCCCCACUCCGACAGGCAUCACUCCAGGAUAUUGCUACUGAGAACACAAUAAUGGAGACCAGAGAGAGACUAACAUCAGAUGCCUCACUUGAGCUCAACUGUAACGGCUGCAUGCACUCCAGUCAAAGGCAACCUGAGGAGGACGAUCAAUGUGACCAGCAACAUGGCCAACUUCUACAGGAGGACCACCAUAAUGCGAACACAGGCCCAGAGGACACCGUUCAAAGCAUGUAUGAGUACUGUAAUGGGGCAGAGUCCCCGGAACUGGACCAGGCCAGCUAUAGUAAUGGCACCUCAGGACGAGAGCUGCUGGAGGAGGCAGAACUUCCAUCUGGGGAGCAAGAUCAGCAAAAGACUAGAACCAGAGCCAGGGAACAGAACAAGGAUAAGCUAAAGAAUGAUAAGCUGUCAGCUGGAAGCCUAUUGGUCAAUCCACUGGAUCCACUUAACUCUGAGCAGAUCAAGGUCAAGAUCGCUGACCUUGGCAACGCCUGCUGGGUGCACAAGCACUUUACUGAAGACAUUCAGACCCGACAGUACCGCUCCCUGGAGGUGCUGCUAGGAUCCGGCUACAGCACACCUGCUGACGUAUGGAGCACAGCCUGCAUGGCGUUUGAAUUGGCCACUGGCGAUUAUUUGUUUGAGCCUCACUCUGGUGAAGAUUACUCCAGAGAUGAAGACCACCUUGCUCUGAUUAUUGAGCUUUUGGGGCAUAUCCCCCGUCACUAUGCUCUGAGUGGGAAAUUUUCACAGGAAUAUUUCAGCCGGAAAGGUGAGCUGAAGCACAUCACUAAACUGAAGCCGUGGGGUUUACUGGAGGUUCUGAUGGAUAAAUACGAGUGGCCUCGUGAGGAGGCCGAGACCUUCGCUGAUUUCCUGCUUCCUAUGCUGGAGCUCCUGCCAGAGAAAAGAGCCACUGCUGCCGACUGUCUGCGACACGCUUGGCUUGCCCUCUAGUGGCCUCUUGACCUCACUGCACAUACUCCAGGCACUCUCCAGAGACUGCAACAGAUCACUUUCCAGUUUAUAGAGCAUAUCGGCAUACUUAUUUUUCUUCGGUUUAUCUGAGUGAAAUCUUUUGCUGGGUUCGCCAGAGGAAUAGUAAACCUGUCUGUUUUUGUUCUAGCUGUUUUUUUUCCUACUCUUUUCAGACUUAAGAUUUUUUGUGUGAGGGUCACACCUGCUGUGAUCUUUCUAACUUCCCUUUUAUCUUGGCAAAGGAUGAAAUGUAGACCUAGGAAAUGCCUGUUUAGGUACCUGGGGAAUUCUCAGUUUUAAGUUAUAAAAUAUUAAGAUUAGGGUCUGUUUUUUUUUUGUUGCCGUGCUUACUUCUCCAGAGUGCUGACAGCUCGGACUGCAGUGCGAGGCACAAGAGAUCAUUUUGUUACUUGUAGUGAAAAAAGAAAAAGAAAAAGUGGUUUCUGGAAAGGGAAUUAUUUGGUUUACCUUUUUUGACUGUAGAGUAUAAAUUAAGAUGUUCUGUCCUGCGUCAAGACUCGCCACACUUCUGUGUUUCUCAACUAUACAAGUGUCUUUUGUGUGUGUUUAUUAGUUCAGUAGGUUUUGAUCUUGUCUGUCUCUGAUUAGAUUUUGAAGAGCUGAAAUCUUCUCACUCAUGGUCAAUACAUUUUGUGUACAAGACGCUUCCACGUAAGGUGAGUAACUGUCAAAGGGCCACCAAAAAAAUUAUAUUUGUGUGGGGGGAAAAAAGAAACAUUUAUUGUCUGAGUGUGUGUUGUACGUAUGUGUUUGUGUGCGCGCAUGUGCAUGCGUGUGUGUCUGUAUAUAUGUGUACCAAAGAGUUUGCCUUGAUCUGUAUAUUACAGCCAUGUACAGUUUUUAAAAAGAAAAUCCUACUAUUGCAUCUAAGCUAAGAUUAUUUAGCAGGAUAGAAGUGUUUUAAUAAAGCAUUUGGAAGAUGGGUGUACCUGUUUGUCCGUCUUGCUGUUCUCAAAAAUAAUUAAAUGCUAUAAAAUGCAGGUUACCUUUCACUGUAAUUGUCACCAACCUUUUGGGUGGAUAUUUGUGCAAAACAAUAAAAAAGUGGAAAAGGAAAAGA